AUGAAAUUUGUUUUACAGGCUCACCUAGAAUCGCUGAACAUAACCCAUCGAGACCUCGCUGCUCGUAAUAUUCUGGUAGGCGAGAACAAGCAGCUGAAGAUCAGCGACUUUGGAAUGUCGCGACUGGGGGUCUACGUAAAGAUGAGCAAAGGAGUGAUUCCACUGCGCUGGCUGAGUCCAGAAGCGAUCCGGGACAAUGUUUAUUCAACGAAAAGCGACGUUUGGGUAAGUCAGUGGGUGGUCGUCCUUGAGUGA